UAUCUACAGAACAGAACGGCGAGAAAUCUGCUGGUGGAAACAGAUUAUUGAACUCAUUAGAGGCAAUGUUUUACAUUGUUGAAUUUUACGAGACCCAAGAGGUUGAGGUGGUGCCAGCAGCUUGGGUGGCUGAUGACGUUUGUCAGUGGCCCUCUUACUACAAACCUGAAGAACUGGUAAAGGCUGUAAAAAAUGCAGAGCAGCCGGGGUCAUCAUGGGAAGAAUUCAGAGUUCGGAUUUUAUAUAAAGCAGCAAAAUACACAACUGCCCGCCUCAAACUUCCCUGGGCAGAGACCCACACUGACCUACAGACAGCAGAAGAAAAUGAUGACAUGCCACAGAGGAAGCGAAAAAGACUACCAAGCAUUCGCUUUCAAAGCGACAGUGACAGCGACUCGACUGUCAGGACCAUGCAAAAAUCAUCACUGCCAGCAGCCCCAAAAAUUCAACAGCCAGACCUCAAUAUAACACAAAGAAGGGCCCCUACACCCCAACGACCUGCAUCAGUGGCAGGCCCAUUGCCCACUGCCAGCCCACAACAGCCAGGGACCAGUCGGGGCAAGGAUGUGCCAACUGAAGUUCUUCUGCGUAGGCUCCUGACGAACCAGGAGCUUAUCAUGGAGCAGCUCAAAAUUAUUACCUUGACCCUGAAUAAGUUCGAAGGACAGCCUGAUGGUGGGCAGGAGGUCCUUGAGAAGGAUGUCUUCCCACUGAAGGAUAUCAGCUCUUUACUGGCUGUGGAGAAGCGGGUCAGAGAAGAGGUGGACUUGAAACAGAAAAUGGUAACGAUGCAUUUCACACUCUAG